AUCAACACUUUUGUAUUAUAUAUGAUGAUUAAUAUAAUAUUGCUCAUUUUCUAAAUUAAUCAAAAUUUUAAUAGAAUUUUUUUAUACUGAAAUAAACUCAUAUGACGGUGCAAUUGUUCUUUUCCGGAAGUAAACAUCAAAGUGAAAGUACCACACGUGUAGAAUGGAAGUGGAUCAAGUUCCAGAAAAUUAUCUACCGUGUUCCAUUAAAGAUGACGUUAUUUAUAUAGUAAGACAGUGGAAAUCAAUAUCUAAAGACCGUUCACAAUGUUCAAAGGAAAAGCUUAUAUGUAUAAACAAACUCGAGAAAAUUACAACAAAUUCUGAAGGCCCUACAUCAGCUUGUGGAGAAAAGUUGAAACCGCUUUUGAAUAUCAUGAAUGACGGGCUUGCAGAUGGAGACCCCUUCGUGCGGUAUUCUGCAGCGAAAGCUUUUGGGAAUACCAUGAUCCACUGUGUACAUUGUCAAGCAUAUUUCACCCCACUCUUAAUGGACAUGAUCUCAAGCCUGCCAAAUAUUGCACAGGAAUACAGAGUGAGCAUCAUUGACCUGCUAUGGCACCAAACAUCCUCAUGUUUGACAGAGGACCACUGGCUAGCGCUCAUCACUGUGAUUGGUCAGCAUUGGAUGAACAUGUGUAAAUUCUGUUUGUUUGAUUUUCUGAGUGAUCUUCAAUGUGAAGAUUCUUCGUUCUCUUGUGGCAGCCAGAAACAUGACACUGUUGUUGUCCUGUGUUGUCAGUUUCUUCGUUUGUGGAAGAAGUUAAUAAAUAAGUGUACAACAAACUCAACAAAGAAUAAUUAUAUGGAGUUUCUGAAGCCAGUUAUAAACUUGAUACAGAUAUUUAGAUCCAAGACGUCUUAUGUUGACAGAAUGACUUUUAGAUCUAUACUGAAGCUGAUUCUUGUCGUUGUAAAAAAUAUGGAUAAAAUAGUAAACCUGGGAAGUGAUCAUAGAAAAAUAAUUGUGCAGAUUGCAGAUGAAUUAAUGCAUUGUUGCUCUAAAGAAUUUUUUGAAGAAUUUCCAUGUGGAUUUAAGGAACGAUUUGCUGGAGAGUUAACUGUAAAUCCAGGAAAUCAUCAAGACUUAUCAAUUCUCAGGACAAUGGCAAGCAUCUGCAUCAAAUUUGUUGUGACAGUACAAGAACUAGAUUUGAAUUCAACUGAUGUAACUGGAGCCUUUGCUAUCUUAAAUUCAUUGGAUACCUGGAUGAGUAAAACAGUAGGACUUCAACGCUUUUCAUGGGUUCCCAUGGUUUACUCGGAACAAGAUGAUGAAUGGAUUGAGAUACUCAGGACUCUACUAGAGAUAUAUACUGAGGGAGUGGUCAGGGUAGAAAAACAAAAAGGCCCCAGUGAUGUUCUGGCUAUGAUACAACCGCACAAGCAGUUUUUACUAUUUUUAGACAACACUGGGUUUGAUGAAACCUUGGUUGUUGAUUUUCUGAUUUCACCAGAGACAUGCUUUCUAUCUUAUUUCAUAAAGUAUCUGAGACUAGUAGCCUCUGAAUGGACUGAGUUUGUGAAGACCCACUCUGAGUACUCAUGUCAUGUUUCACUGGACAGUAGGUGUGGAUCUCAAGACAGCAUUCAAAGUGGGGUAUAUACUCAGAAUGUCAACAAAACUGCAAGUCAGGAAACAAAUACUGUGAAUGCUGAGGGUUUGACAAUGCUACAGCAGUAUGGUUUUGAUGAUGAUGAUGAGGAGGAGGAGGAGGAGGAGGGUUGUGAUGGCUGUGAGGAUGAUCGGCAUUGUGAUAAAAAGGUGGGAGAUGACAAUUGUGAUGAUGACAUGUUUAAGGAUGAAGGAGCUAAAGGAAGUAGGAUGAAAAGUGUCACUGCAGAUUCAUCAUGCAGCAGUUUUAAUGAUCACUUUGACUCAGAUACUCUUGAUUUACAGUCAGCAAAUAUCAGCAGCUGUUUGGAUAAAACAAUGGCUGUGUUAAUCAGAGUGAGGUUGAAAAUGGAGAAGUUCACAGACUCAAGCAUUUUACAAUACAACCCACAGGUUUUGGUUCAUUUGAUAGAACAAGUCGAGGAACUGUAUGAACAAUAGAAACUUGUUCCUUUAUUUAAGUUAUGAAUAACAGAUUCAGCAGGGCAAUGCAUGGAUACAUGUGUAAUAAAAAGUGUGUUUGUUUUUUCAAAUAUGUGUUUCAAUUUAUGUUGUACUACAAGUCAAAAUACAGUAAGUCAGUGAAAUUUGUUUCAAUUUCAUGGAAUCCCUUAAUCAAAAUUAGGCUUGUGUAUCUGUCUAUAGAGUACUGUAGAGGAGCCAGUUUACAUGUAGAUUGUAUUGAGUUAUUUGCAGGGAUUCCCCAUACAUGCGAGAUUCCAGUUGAGACAGUCAAACCUUGUUUGCUUAUAUUAAACCUGGCAAUAAUAAUAAAAGUUCUCAAGUCAUUAUUAGUUUCUCACUUAUAAAUACAUUGUUCCUACAUUUAGUUAAGAAUAUUGCAUUAAAAACCUACAGCAGUCUCCAUAAACCCAUUUACCAGUAU